CUCAUUGGUGAAUUAGUUCCCUCGACUCCUAUUAUUCUCCCUGCUGCUUCCGCUUGCCCGGAUCAGCCAUGGCGGCUAUGAGCUUGCUUUCGCGGGUUUCGGUCACUGCAUUGGCAGCUCUGUCAGGCCGCCGCCUUGGCACUCGACUCGGAUUCGGAGAGUUCCUCACCCGUGGCUUUCCGAAGACUGCCGCUCCUGUUCGACACAGUGGAGACUAUGGGAAAAGAUUGUUUGUCAUCAAACCUUCUGGAUUUUAUGACAAGCGCUUUUUGAAUUUACUGAAAUUCUACAUUUUGUUGACUGGAGUACCAGUAGCAAUUGGCAUAACUCUGAUAAAUGUAUUCAUUGGUGAAGCUGAAUUAGCAGAAAUUCCAGAAGGCUAUAUCCCUGAACAUUGGGAAUAUUACAAGCAUCCUAUAUCAAGAUGGAUUGCCCGUACUUUCUUUGACUGUCCUGAAAAGAAUUAUGAAAAAACAAUGGCUGUCCUUCAAAUUGAAGCUGAAAAAGCUGACUUACGGUUAAAGGAGCUGGAAGUACGAAGAUUAAUGAGACUAAGAGGUGAUGGGCCCUGGUAUCAAUACUCGACUGUUGAUAAGGCACUUGUUGAUAAUUCUCCAAAAGCAACUCCCGACAACUAAUCUUUUAUUUCUCUGCAUACAAAGUGUAUUCUCUUUAGUGACAAAAAAUUAAGAAAUAUACUCUGUAUUUUUGCUCUCUGUGAUGAAUAAAAGAGCCUCUGUCAUUGCUCUGUUUCUCAAUGUUAGUUCCAAUUAAAGUUUUUGAUUUUGGA